CUUUAACGUUAUUUCCAAACAUGUCCAAGAUAAAUUAAAAAAAAUAAAAUUAAUCAAACUUUAUAUUUUGUUUUGUAAAUUUUUUAAGCAUAGUAUCAUCAACAGUAAAUUGGUAAAACUCUCUAUCGGAGAUGCUUAGCCCGCUUCAGCUCCACCGUUUCCCCGCCACUCUAUGCCUCGAAGACCACUGUCGCCCCAAUUCCCCGGCGCCGUUCCACCUCCCCGCCGCCGCUUGCAAACGCCGGCGUCUCUUCCCGAGCUCCUCAAUCUGCAUCUACUACCACGAAAAUAGUCAGAAAACCCAAACUAACACUACCUUCGCUCUGAUAAACGAUGAAGCUGGUGGUACUCGAAAGCACAGUUCGAAAUUGGCCUCUACGCUCCUCCCCUCCCCAUCUCUCAAGAAAUGCUCGGAAUCAGAACCACCGCCCGGAUUUUCUGCGGUGGCGGAAAAUCGAGUGCCGUGGGUAGAAGAUGAAAUGGAGCUUGUAGAAUUUUCACUGAUGAGAAGAACCCCUCAAUUUGCAGGAUCAAUCGUAGAUGUUAAUGCUUCAUCGUCCCCUGUUCGCACCCUAAUUGAUGAUCAAAGUGGCAAUGAUGAAGAGGGGAUGCUCAUUAAAGCCCUAGAGAUACGCAGGAGAGUCACCACUGAGAUUUUCAUGGAGGAAAUGACAAAGGGCAAGUUCGGGAUAUCUUAUUCAAGAAAUUUGGUAUCCAAAUUGUCCGAUUACAUUGAUCAUGUAAUGAUUCAGGCUGCUUCAAUGAAGAAAAUGCCUAAGUUCUGGCAGUCAUCCUUCAAUUCUCGAGUUAGGGCAUUCAUAGAUGAUUCUGAAGUUGUGCCAAUGAUAAGGUGGUUGAAACAAAACUCAUUAUCAUUUCCUCAGAUUGGGAACCUUAUCUGUAAAUCAAGAGGAGACGUGAUGUACAUAAGGCGGUUAGUUGAGUGGCUAAAUUCAGUUCAGGUGGAGGGGAGAUUCAUUGGGGUUGUAAUGCUCAGAUCAGGAGAGAAUGUGUUCAGCCGAAGCUUUGAUGAUUUGGAUGAGAGUAUUGAGUAUUUGGAAAAAAGUGGAGUCCGGAGGGACUGCAUAGGUUAUGUGAUUAGGAGAUGCCCUACAAUAUUGUCAUUUAGCAUGGAAGAACUCAAAACGCGCGUUGAAUUCUAUUUGAAUCUGGGAAUGUGUAAGAAGGAUUUUGGGACUAUGGUUUUUGAUUGUCCUAAGGCGCUCGGAUACUUAAGUAUGGAAGAGACGAACCAAAAGGUUGCAUACCUGAAGGAAUUUGGCCUUAGUAGUGAAGAUGUUGGAAGGUUGAUUGCAUCCAAACCACAUUUGAUGGGUUGUAGCAUUGAAGAGAAGUGGAAGCCUCUCAUUAAUUUUCUGCAUUGACUUGCAGAACACCAUUGUGCCUAAGGUCCAGUUUUUGAGAGACAUAGGCAUCCGGCAAGAUGCCCUUGGAAAUGUACUUGUCAGGUUCCCCCGGAUAUUCACGUAUAGCCUGGAGAAGAAAAUACGGCCAACAGUAAUGUUCCUCUUGACAAAAGCUGGAGUCUCCCAGAGAGAUAUUGGGAAGGUGAUAGCGACACGGCCAGAGGUAUUAGGGCGCGACAUCACAAACAAAUUGGACCCUAACGUGAAUUACUUUCUCUCCAUUGGCAUACCUCUCCGGCAGUUGGGUGAGAUGAUAGCUGACUUUCCAGCGAUUCUCCAAUACAACAUCGAUCUUCUUCGCUCCAAGUAUCAAUACUUGAGAAGAACAAUGGUUCGCCCUCUCCAUGAUCUUGUUGAAUUCCCAAGGUUUUUUAGCUAUUCACUUGAUGAAAGAAUAAUCCCAAGACACAAAAUCCUUGUAGAGAAUAAUAUUAAUUUCAACCUGCGACAAAUGCUGUCAAGCACGGAUGAAGAUUUUGAACAGAUGGUCGAAAAUGCCAUGGAGAGGCGCCAGAGAUUUGAGUCGCUGAGACCAUUAGACACUUGUAUUGAUGUUAAUGGCAAUUGUCAUACAUUUGACUGUAACAUUGUAUCAGAAACUAAGGUGCAAGACUGAAGGUGGUGUGAAAAUAGCUGUGCAUAAAUGUUAAUCGUGUUC